CCACUGAGGAAGGGGAGCUGUCCGAGGAGGAGGAUGAUGAGGAUGACUCCAAGAGUCAGGAUAAAAUUGAGGGAGUUGUUGGCGUUCGGCAAACCACCACUAUGGCGGUAGUGGCAUCCGGAGGUUCAGGUGUUGCAGCAGCCGUGUGGUCCCACAUUCAGGAUCUGAGCGUUUCAGCUUCCAGCAGUCAGUCAGCAGGGGGAGGAACAAAUGGUGGAAGUUCUGCAGGACAUGGAAGUGAUUUUGCGGUGGACUUAGAAGCAGCUGGAAGUCUGAGCAGCUCAGCAGCUUCACAACCAGGUAAUGGACAGAAACUGAUGAAUGGAGGGGGAGGACGGGAAGGAGGGGUCGGAGCUGACAGUCAGACAGUGAUCAGUUCAGGUGUGACAGCAGCUCCCUCUACAGAUCAGAACAGCGGUUCCAGUCUGGACUCACUCGCAGAUCCUGCUUAUCACUCUGACAUCAGCAACGACCAAUCAGGACCAGACCACAGCUCUCUGAGCUCAGGUCUUGACCAAUCCCUCUCGAGCUCUGUUUUAGGCUCCUCCCACUCUGCAGUAGAUACAGCCAAUGCAUCGUCUUCAUCACACAGUGAAGCUCACAGAGUACAGAUAGGAAACGGCCGACAGACUCUGCUGAACAACACUAACGCAGGUCUUCACAUGGAGCUCACAGGUCCUAAACUCGGCAAUGAUGUCACAGAGUCGCCCCUCGCCAUCCUCCACACAGACUCACUGGACUCAGCUUCACAUGGGUACUCUCACACAGACCUGGUUAGCAUGGCGACAGACUCCACAUGGACAGUCACAGGUUCUGCAGAUCCAACAGGAACUCCACUUGACUCCAGUCAUCCAGCGGUGACAGAUAACACUCAGGUGGCUGGUUCAGUCACUGAACAGUACAACCCAUCUGGUCAGGGUCCUGAAGGUACAGAAAAUGUGGAAUUGGAGGAUACCUGCUGACUUCCACAUAAAGCCGCGCGUUCGAUUCCUGCGCUACCGCUUCCAGUGUACCAACCAAUCAGCAUGGCCAAGGAAAUCACCCCCUUCCCAUGAGCUAUAGACCACGACCACUGAGAGUCAGCAGCUCAUUGGUGUUUUUUAAAAUAUUUAAAAUGUGGAUCUG